CCCCCCCGUGCCGUAUGUCCCAGCCCUGCGGGCAGGGGGGGCUCUGCCGGGAUCCCCGUGCAGACGCGUCCCCAUGGCCCACAGUGGGACCUGGUGUGCGCCUCGCGCUGGAAGGUGCCCCUGGAGCAGACCACGCACUUGCUGGGCUGGACGCUGGGCAGCGUCGCCGCUGGCCUGGCCUGUGACAGGUUCGGCCGCCGGCCCACCUUUGUGGUGUCCCUGGGGCUGGCCGUGCCCCUGGGGCUCGGCGUGGCGCUGGCCAUCAACUUCGUCAUGGUCCUGGUCGCGCGGAUGCUCUUCGGGGCCGCGCUGGCGGGCGCCUUCCUCUCCCUCUACGUGGCACGGCUGGAGCAGUGCGACCCCCCGCACCGGCUGGAGGUGACGAUGGUGGCCGGCUUCUUCUGGAUCGCCGGGGAGCUGCUGCUGCCGGGGCUGGCAGUGCUGUGCCGGGACUGGCGGGUCCUGCAGGGUGCUGUCACCAUGAUCCUGGCUCUGCUGGCUGCCUGCUGGUGGUGCCCGGCGCUGCUGCUGGAGUCCCCACGCUGGCUGCUGGCCACGCAGCAGCUCGAGAGGGCCAGGAAGACGCUGCAGGCACUGGCCGAGAGCAGCGGCCGCGGUGCCGACGACCAGGGGAGCCUCAUGGCGGAGCUGGAGACGUUGGCUGAGGGCUCCCCCCAGCCCCGCUACCACGCCGUCUGCGAGAUCUUCAGCACCAGGGUGAUCUGGAAGAACAGCGUCAUCCUCGGCUUCACCGCCUUCAUCGGCUCCGGCAUCCGGCACUGCUUCACCCGCAACCUGGCCCCGCACCUGCCCCGGUUCUUCUCCUCCUACUUGGCGCUGGUGGGCGCCGAGGCGGUGGCCUGCCUCUUCCUCUGCCUCACCGCCGAGCGCUUCGGCCGCCGCGCCGUCCUCCUGCUCUGCACCGUCCUCACCGGCAUCUCCUCCCUGCUGCUGCUGGCCCUCACCCAGUACCUGCUGGACCUCAUCGUGCUGACCCUGUCGGUGGUGGGCAUCACCGCCUCGCACGCUGUCACCAUGCUCAGCAUCUUCUUCGCCAGCGAGGUGCUCCCCACCGUGGUCAGGGGCGCCGGGCUGGGGCUGAUCGUGGGGGCCAGCUUCGUGGGCAAGGCGGCCGCCCCCAUCACGGCCAUCCCCAACAGCCGCGGCUUCUUCCUGCACCACCUGGUGUUCGCCUCCUUCGCCAUCCUCUCGGUGCUCAGCAUCAUGCUGCUGCCCGAGAGCCAGGGCCGCGGCCUGCCCCAGUCCCUGCAGGACGGCGAGAGCCAGCGCCGGCCCCCCCUGUUCCGCCGCCCCCCCCGCGAGGACCACCUGCCCCUGCUCGCCCCCCGCGGCAUCCCCCACGACUACUCCCGCCUCGUCUCCUCCACCAAGCGGGCGCUGGGCCCCCGACACAGCCCCGCGGCCACCCCCCCGGAGACGUAGCCGUGCCCCCCUCCCUGCUGCUGGAAGGGCUGGGGGGGGCAAGCAAGAUGCUGGGACCCCCCCCGGUGCACCAGGCCCCCCGUGGCCCUGGGCGCGAAGCCCCAGGACGUGAGCGGUGGCUGGGCUGGGGGCUGCGUGCCCACCCCCGUCGGGGCCGGAUCCUGCCCCAGGAGGAGCUGUGCUGGGAGUCCUGGGGUGGGGGUGAUGCCCUGGGGGGGGGAUUGCAGCUGCCAAUAAAAGUGCCUUGUUUCUA